UGCUUUGUUUAUUAGUAGGCCAUCAAAAUAUUUUAGAAUAACAAAUACUGUAAAAUAUGUUUUCAGUUGUUUUACAAUACGGCCCCAAACAUUUUUACGAAAUUCUAAACCUGGCAAUUUCAGGUCUGCAAUUUGCUGGCGUCUUUUUCUGGUUUGAAAGACAUUUCGCUGCGCACGCCGAUGCGAUUACCACUAAUAUAUACCCAUAGCGUCAGUAGUCGACGACUUAAGGAGUUUGGUAAGUCGAGGUUGUCUGUUCGACGAACCCUUUGAAAUUUAAUCAUAAACUUUAUGAGAAACUAUAUCACUCGUCAAUGCUUAGUGUGAGCGACAGGGAUGGAUUUUUUGUGUGUGCCGUCAGGCGCCGUCUCCUACAAUCUUACACUCAACUACAAUCUCCAAACGAUGAAAGAGCUCUAGACACACGAGGAUUGCUUUCUCAAAAUUCUACGAUGCAGUGCAGUCCAAAGUUGUGUUUUUCAAAAUCGAUAUUUUUUUCAUGUAUUUUGUGGGACUUUAAUGAUUCUAUUGCUCAAAAAAAGCGUAAUCAAUGGACACGCUGGAUACACCUGUGCAACAUUUUGCUCAAUGACCCCACAAUCUUGCACUAGACCAGCCGCUGUGAUGUGCCGUCGUCUGAAUAUUUUAUUGAUAAAAGAGUGGAAAUUAAUAUAACAGGAAGAUGAAAGCGUAUAAUUUUUCCGCAAUAAUGAGAUGGGUAUGUAACUGUCUCGAUUUCGGUGCGGCGGUCCGCCUAUGCAGUCUUGUCCAAGUUUUUCAGAACUCUGAAAUGGGCAUAAUAUUGUAAAAAACAAGGAAACCCAACAUGGAUCAGUCAACGACAUUGGAUAUCGAGGCCCUAAAGAUGACCCAGGAACAGUACAUCCUGGCCUCCCAGUCCAUCCACCUCCAGCGGCCGGGCUGCGUCGCCGUCUACCCCGUGGGCCUGUACGGCUGGAGGAAGCGAUGCCUCUACUUCUUCCUGCUGCUGCUGCUGGUCAUAAUGAUAGUCAACCUGGCUCUCACCGUGUGGAUAAUAAAGGUCAUGAAUUUCACAGUGAAUGGAAUGGGAGACCUCCAGGUGAGCAGAGAUGGCAUCCGUCUGGAGGGGAUAUCCGAGUUCCUCCUGCCCCUCUACGUCAACGAGAUCCAGUCGAGAAAGGACAGCCCAUUGGUCUUGCGGGCCGAGAGCAAUGUAACACUUAACGCCCGGAACAGCCAAGGCCAACUCACCGGGCAGCUAACAGUGGAUGCUGAGGCUGUGGAGGUCCAGUGCCAGAGGCUGGAGGUACGGAGCUCAAAUUCAGAGAGACUUCUGUUCUCAGCCACUGAGGAGCAGGUCAGCAUAGGAACGGACAAACUCACCGUUACCGGUGCAGAGGGAGCUGUGUUUGGUCACUCGGUAGAAACGCCGCUCAUCCAGGCGGUCGCCUCACAAGACCUGAAGCUGGAGUCCCCGACGCGCACCCUGACCAUGGAGGCCCCCAGGGGAGUGGAGGUCAGCGCCCGGACGGGGGGGCUGAAGGCCCUGUGUCGGAAAGACCUGCACCUCCAGUCCACCGAGGGAGAGAUCUUUUUAGACGCGGACGCUAUCCGACUGGAGACCCUGCCCCUCGGCACCUACGCUGCCUCCUCAGGCCCCUCCUCCUCCUCCCCCCGGACACAGAAGGUGUAUGAGGUGUGUGUCUGUCCCAGCGGCAAGCUCUACCUCUCCCCCGCCGAGAGCAGCUCCACCUGCCAGGCUGUCAGCAACAUCUGCCUCUGGAGCUGACCUGCUACUGGCACCGACGGAACACCUCGCGGCCCUGGCUCGAGGACCUGUCUCCCUGCCGGGGGUCUGCCUCGUCAUCUGACCAGACACCAGGGACAGACAGGCACCUUCCGGUAAAGUCUGACUCUAGGCCUGACGUCUGUCCAUGACGCAGGCCUGAGCGCAGCAGUGACUGUCGCCUGUCACAAAAUGCAGUCUCUUCCACCACGGAAGGCCUUGGGGUGCUCUCCGCUGCUCCCUCGCCAACAGUCCGGAACUUUCCAGCACUGCAGAUUCCAGAGAUGAACACCUUAUGCAUCAGUUAGUUCCUGAAAAGGGGGGGGGACACAGGUGCCUUUUCUAUGGAAUAAGGAACACUGAGUAGACUUUGUCGGGAUGUCUGCAUCUUGCAUAGAACAGUCGAGGGAGCACAAUUCUGCAAUUUUUUUCUUUCGUUAUUUACAAUUUUUUUGAGUGUUGGGUCUUAAGAGAAUGCUUGAUUCCCAUUGUUCAUGUUAUUACUUACUGUUUAGGAUUUCCCAUGUUCAAUUGAUGUUUUCUAUACUGUAUUCCAAAUGUCUAUACUGUACUUUGAAACAAAACUGUUUUGAUAAAGACAUUUGAAAUGGUACUGAUAAAAUGAUACAAGUAGCGUACUUACCGAGCCACCUUUUUUAGAAACCUGCAUACAGUUGACAAGAUUGUUAAAAUAACGGUAAGAUCCCUGGUUCAUUUUAUAAAACUGCAUUUUUUGCAGUGUAUGUAUAGUGUGUUACUUAGGGUCAUCCAGCUCAGACCAGGCCUUGGCCAUCUGUUAUACAUAUAGCCAAAUACACCAACUUCUUCUAAAGAGAAAAGUUAUAUGUCCAGCAUCAGCAAAGUACCCUGACGGUUGCUCAGGCCUUUCACUGUCUCCAUUACUGUCUCCAUUACUAGGUCUCCUGCCCAAUCUUGCUCCUCCAUCCCAUCCAAUGGCCCAUGAACCCCAGCAGCAGAUCUAAGAGAAGCAGCCGUGCGUCAACUUGGUCGACCAGAGUCACUUCUGCUCCACUUCCUGGUUGACCCGUGUCCGGCACCACCGCCUCCCACAGAGCUGAGAGAACAGGGUAUGAACCAUGUCCGUGGUCUGACUGUUUUUGUUCCGUUUUUGUAUGGUUCUGAUUUCUUUAUACUACAGUUUUAAUAUGCUAGCUUUAGCUUCGCACGUCCUGCACAAUAUGCUUUGGGAUUUUUUAUAUUUCACAGUGAUGGACAGCGUAUUAUUAUUAUGAUCUCAAAGGUCUGAUGUGCAGAGAAUUCUGACAGUUUCAAUUUGGAGCAGUCGGGAACAAAAUAGGCCAUGUAAAAAUGAUAAGGGCAUAAAAGGGUAAGGAUCUUAUUAGAAAUAAAAUGGUUUAAGUGAUGGGUCAACAGGUCUAGGAACCAGUCAUUAACUCUUGUUGUAUUAAACCACAGAUAAACAUAUGGGAAUCAAUACAAUUAUGCAAAUACCACUAAAUCAAACAGUCAUAUCUGUGGCAUUUGUUCUCCUCUUUUGUUAAUUGGAUUUUGUGUUACUGUGUUUGUAACAAAUUGAAGUGGGUCAGGAUAUUGGAUUACUGGACUCCUGCCAAAGCGGAGUUACACUGAGCCACUAAAGGAGGAAGGAUUUUAGAAGUUUGUCUUUAGUAUGGAAGAUAUGCUGUUUGAUGUGAGAUUUCACUGCUUUUCAAGCAAGAAGCUUGAAAGGUUGACAGGUUUUUGUGCAGAAACUGGAUCAAAUGUUGCUUUUUAAAACGUUUUUGUAUCCACCUUUUGCAAGUGAAUUUAGACAACCAUGUUUACCUUUUCAAUAAUUUGGCAUUGUCCCAAGACAGCACAUCUUAAAAGUUUAGAUUUUUAUGUCAUGGCUGCAGCAAAAUGUAUUACAAAAAAGUGUCAACUCUAAAUGUGUAACAAGGGAUGCUAUGUAUUCAUUUAUUGCUAAACAAAUUAUAAACGAUCCUUUUAUCACUCAUUCACUCUAUAGAAGACAUUUUGAUUUAAAUCCAUUCAUUAUUGUGGAUUUACAGUGCCCUCCAAAAGUAUUGGAACAGUG